CGCGGACGGGAGCGGAACCGGAACCGUGCGCUGCUCUGGCAGCCCGCCCCGCGGAUGGGCGGGAGCGUCGGCGGGAGCAUCUGCCGGGGCCUGGGGGCGGUGGAGGCGGAAGACGAGGCCGAGCGGCGUUGAGCGACCCGGUGCGGGGGAGGCACCCAGGGCUGGAGCGGCCGCCCUUUCCCCCGCCGGGCAAAAUGCCCCGCCGGAAGCAGCGUAACCCACAACCAGUCAAAGUGGAUACCGUCGGAGUUCCCGCUGAACUCCCGGGAGACAACCUGGCGCCGCAAGGGAACUUCCUCCUGGAGCACGAACUGGAGGAGAGUGGCGACCAGAUCCUGGCUUUCGAGAAGGACUCAGAAGACUCCCUUGGGGGGACUCCUGGGCUGCCGGCCUACCCACUGAGCGAGGAGGAGUUCGCACCUCUGUGUCAGACCCAGGAGGACAGAGAGACUGGUGGCCCAGGCCUGGCCUGUCACCACUGUGGCCUGCCUGCUCCCGGCUCCACCCCCUGCCGUCCUUGCCCCGAGGGGGACGAGGAAGGCUCCCUUAAGGGGCGUGUGGUCUUCUCCUGCCAGCUGUGCUCCUUCAGUUCACACUACUCCAGCCACCUCAAACGCCACAUGAAGACUCACAACGGUGAAAAGCCUUACCGCUGCCCGCACUGCUCCUACGCCUCAGCCCAGCUGGUCAACCUGACACGUCACCUGCGCACCCACACGGGCGAGAAGCCAUACCGCUGCCCCACUUGCCCCUUUGCUUGCAGCAGCCUUGGCAACCUCAAGAGGCACCAGCGAGUCCACGCCCAGGAACAGCCAGCGCGCAGCAGCCCCUGCAACUGCCGCUGCAUCCAUGGCAACUCUGUCCAGCACAAUAGCCAGCAGCCGCAAGGGGAAUCAGAGCCAGAGUUGGAGGGACCACCUGCAGCUGACCAGGAGACAGAACCACUGCUGCCUGGCUCCCCUUUUCUGCGAGCUGAGGACUCUGCCACUGUUCUUCCCGAGCUGCUAUUCCCGUUCACCUGCAGGGCCUGUGGACUGGUUCUGGAGGCUGAUGAGGGGUUGGGUGAGCCUGUGUGUGGGCGCUGCAGCCUGACAGUGCUGGGGACUGAGCCCGCAUCUCCUAAAGGCUUCUCGUGCCAGCUGUGUUCCUUUGUCACAACCUAUCCCAACCACCUGGCACGGCACAUGAAGACACACAGCGGUGAAAAACCUUUUGCCUGUGCCCUCUGCCCAUAUGCCUCAGCACACCUGGACAACCUCAAACGGCAUCAGCGGGUGCACACUGGUGAGAAACCGUACAAGUGCCCGCUGUGCCCCUAUGCCUGUGGCAAUCUUGCCAACCUCAAGCGCCAUGGCCGUAUCCACUCGGGGGACAAGCCCUUCCGCUGCCGCCUCUGUUCCUACUCCUGCAAUCAGAGCAUGAAUCUCAAGCGUCACAUGCUGAGACACACCGGUGAGAAGCCCUUCCAGUGCCGCAUCUGCCCCUACACCACUGGCCACUGGGACAACUACAAGCGCCAUCAAAAGGUGCAUGGGCAGGUCCUGCCGGAUGAAGGGGAACCUGGCCCUGACAACAGUAUGCCUUAAAGCAGGGCGAACAUUUUUUGGACACUGAAGAGGUGGUCCUGAACACUUCUGCACUCUUGGCAGACAGAAUGGUAUCCAUCAGUCUUCACUGCCUGUGGGGGUAGACUUGAGGCACUGACUUGUUAGCAAGCUUCUGGGGCCGGAUGGAAGCUGUGCAUACCUCGGGGGGGAGGGGGUGUUACUUUAUAAGCUCUGAACUAUGUCCUAAGCAAUUUUGAGGGCUGGAGAAAGCAAAUCUUAACUUUCUGCUCCAUCUCAUAUCAGUGUGACAGAUUCGGCCUGCUGCUGGGGCGGGGGGAGGGGUGGGCAGCUGAAGCCAGGGGAGGGGGAAGUUCUUGGUGCUUUUCUGUCUUUUGUGCCUACCACACCUCCCCCUCCCUUUAACUGUGGUUGCUGCUUGAGUCUGUGUAAUUUAUAUGGUGUAUUAACGCAUUAAAUGGUUUUCUUAUCUUG